CCUCUUUCUCCUCCCCUUUAAGUCUAAUUGUUCAGUGGAACUCCAGACCUCAGAGGCAAAAGAAAUAAAGAGGGAAGGACAGAGGCAGAAAAAGAGAAGAAAAAGGAGGGCUUCCCAAUCAACUGCACAGGCAAGACGAGAGAAAGGCGGUUCCCACGGGGACUAAGCAGGGCAACUUGGUUGUGCCUGGACAGGUUAGCGACUGGUAGGGUAAAGCUGAGCGAACCUAGAGGCAGAGAACACUAAACGGAGGAGAAGGCGAAGGCGGAGACCUGGGGGAGGAUGGACGCGGAUUACCCUGCCUUUGAGAAGCCUCUCUGCAGAGAGCUCAAGCACUUCUGCAAAAGGCUCGGUGAGGCGUACCAAGAGCUGAAGGAGGAUCUCACUCCCUACAAAGAUGAUCGCUAUUACAGCCUCUGCUUGGGGAACUCUUGGUGUUCCUCAGAAUCUUGGUACAGUAUCUGUUCCAGAGCGGCAGGUUAUCCUGAGAAUAGUGUAACGUUGGCACCUAUGCGAUUGUACACCCUAUCGAAGCGCCACUUCGUUCUGGUCUUUGUGGUGUUCUUCAUUUGUUUUGGCUUGACUGUCUUCAUAGGAAUUGCAGGUCCCCAGGCAAUUCAGUCUACUUCACAAGAUCACCAAGUGAAUAGCAGUAGCUCUAAGCUAAAGCCAUUUUUUCUCAAGUCAGGACCACUUUCUACUUAUAAUCAGCAGUUAUGGUUGACAUGUGUUAUUCAGCUGGAUCAUUCAGAUGAUACCACAAUCCAGACAAGCUUUUCUAUGACUGUGAAAGUAGAUGGUGUACCCCAAGAGGCAAGCAAGACAUUUGUACCUAAAAAUGUUCAUAAUCGGACGCGGACCCUCAACUGUGCAGGGAAAUGUGCUGAAAUCAUUGUGGCUCAUCUUGGCUAUUUGAAUUACACUCAGUACACUGUCAUUGUGGGCUUUGAGGACAUGAAAGCUCUGGAGCUCCACAUCAAAGACGUGAACUUCACAUGGAGGACUUACAAUCCAUCCUUUUCACAAAUGGAAAUUUGGUUCCGAUUUGUUUUUGUGGUGUUUACAUUCAUGGUCACUUGCCUGUUUGCACAUUCCCUCCGGAAAUUCUCCAUGAGAGACUGGGGAAUUGAACAGAAAUGGAUGUCCAUAUUGUUGCCCCUGCUACUGCUCUAUAAUGAUCCAUUCUUCCCCCUUUCCUUCUUGGUGAACAGUUGGUUUCCUGGCAUGCUGGAUGACCUCUUCCAGUCUGUGUUCCUCUGUGCAUUGUUACUCUUCUGGCUCUGUGUAUAUCAUGGAAUCCGGGUACAGGGAGAAAGAAAAUGCUUAACAUUCUAUUUUCCUAAAUUCUUUAUUGUUGGACUUCUGUGGUUGGCUUCUGUCACAUUAGGAAUAUGGCAAACGGUAAAUGAAUUGCAUGACCCAAUGUACCAGUAUAGAGUUGACACUGGCAAUUUUCAGGGGAUGAAGGUUUUUUUUCUGGUGGUUGCUGGCAUGUAUAUUUUAUACCUUUUGUUCUUGAUUGUGAGGGCUUGCUCAGAACUUCGCCAUAUGCCUUAUGUUGAUCUCAGGUUAAAAUUCUUGACUGCAUUGACCUUCGUAGUACUUGUCAUUAGCAUUGUUAUACUUUAUCUAAGGUUUGGAUCACAAGUGUUGCAGGACAAUUUUGUAGCUGAACUAUCAAAUCACUACCAGAAUUCAGCGGAAUUCUUAUCUUUCUAUGGCUUGCUGAACUUUUAUCUCUAUACUUUGGCCUUUGUGUAUUCACCAUCUAAGAAUGCACUCUAUGAGUCACAGUUGAAAGAUAAUCCAGCCUUUUCCAUGCUUAAUGACUCUGAUGAUGAUGUGAUUUAUGGGAGUGACUAUGAAGAAAUGCCCCUGCAGAACGGCCAGGCCAUUCGAGCCAAGUACAGAGAAGAAUCUGACAGCGAUUGAUGGUGCUCCAGCAAAGACCGGUGUGGCUGGCUAGAGAAGGCCUUGGACAGUUUUCCAUCAGUGCUCCAGCUCUCCAGCCUUCCCUAGCCAUCUGCCUAAAAGCUGAAGGUUUCCUCACAACAAAGGCAUUUUCCAUUUACCUCUUUGUGUUUACUGAUUUUUAAAAGACCAACCAGGACCAAAGGAAAAACGACAGCGCUGGGCAAAGGCGGCAUCACCAGGAUAGCCAGAUGAGAGGGGGAGGGGGCCUCUUGGAAUACUCCUAAGUCAGAGCAUUAUUUUCUUGGAGCCAAUGUAGCUGCUCCUGAACUGAAGGUUUCAAAGUCCUGUGGUGUCCCAGAGCUGCCGAUGCCUCUCAGUCCCCCUCAUUUUGAGUUUAACUUUGUAUGCACUAGUCUUUUGUAGCAUGUUCUCUCAAAGUGAUGUCAAAGCACUUAAAGCUCACUAAAUGGCCCAAUGGAGGGAAUGCUGGAGACAGGAUGAGCUCAUGUGGGUCUUGCCUCAAGUAUUUCCUGGCUGUGUGACUCUGAGGAAGUCCCAUCCCCUCUUGGAGCUCCUGUCAUAGCACCUACCUCACAAGGUGGUUGUGAGGCUGGAAGGAUCCGAGGUAGAGAAAAUGCUGUGCAAACCUUGCAGCCCUUCCUAAAUGCCGGAUAGGAUGGUUAUGCAGGAAAAUAGCAAUGUUCUCCUUUCUUCUCUCCACAGACAUUUUUUUCUUUAACUCUAAGGGAAACUUAAGAACUCGUGACUGCCUCAUGGGGGGAGUAUGCUCCAUUUGGUGGCAAACACUAAGAAGCUGGAGUUAAGUUAUUCUCCAGUUUAGAAAUAAAGCAUUCAGCUGAGGCUCAGCUGCCGCCUUACCAACAGGAGGGUUGUGUAACCUCCAAGUACGCACUAGUCUCAGAGACUGGCUCCUUCCACCCCCCCUAAUAUAGGCAUUCUAAAUCAUUGAUAGCUUCAGUAGGAAAGGUAUUACUGCUAAGCAGUUAGUCCAGGACAUGUAAGUGCAAAAUGAUCCCUGCACAUUAUUUUCCCUUCUCAUGUUGGGGUUGGGCUAAGGCAGGGAAAAUGUGACAAAUCCAAUAGAGUAGAGGCUAUGCAACUUCAGAGCCCCACUACACAAAUAAAACAAUUACUAGAACAGUAUACUGAAAAGUUUUUUCUGAUGUAUAUUGAAAAAACAGUAAAAUUUUAAAAAUUUCAUGUCAAUUUUUUAACGAAGUUUGUUCAGAAAACCAAUUUCAGGGAAAAUUCUGCCGAGAAACUCAAUUGGAGCUUCAUGUUAACAAAAGUCACUAUUUAUGGGUCAGUUUUGAAGUUCCAGUGCCAUAGGUAACACAGUGUGGAAGGUCCUCAAGAAUUUUCAACUCCCCUUUUCCUGAAGGAUUAAUUUAAAAGCAGAGUACAGAUGACUUUCCCAUUUCUUUCUGCAUCUUCCUCCUAAUCUUUGACCUGAUGUGCACUGUGGAAACCCAACAGAUGAUGUCCUGGAGAAUAGGCAUAGAUUAAAGAGUAUGAUGCAUGCUUAGUAGUCCAGUACCCUUCUCCUCCUGUGUACCCACAUUCACAUGUCUCUUGUGUGCAAUUACAAUUAUGCUCUUUAACCUGCAGUGCUAGGACUUCAGUUGUCCAUGGGAAUGUUCUUCAUGGUGAUACACUACAAUUACCUUUUUUUCAUAAGUUAACCUUUAGUGAUGUGAUGGUACCGUCAAUUACCUCUAUUGCUUAAUAUGGACUUCCACUUAGAUUUCUGUAGUUUUUAUAAGUCUUGUUAAAAAAAAAAAAUCAAUAUUGGAAUUAAAAUUACUGUAAGAUCACAAA